CGGACAGGCUGUCACUUUAUUAGCUAGACCUAUAAGCUCUCCUUCGCCUGUUGAUGUCUGUCGGCGAAUUGAGAUGGGGAACAAUCGAAAUACGAGUUCAGUAGGAAAAGGACACGCUAAUUACCGAGUGAAAACCAGGUAGUGGACAGCCUUGAAAACGAGAGAGUUCCCCAAACACACUGCCAACACCCUCACAGUAUACCUCAGUUACAAUGAAGGUCCCAAAGCUGGCUGUCAUCUUCCUCCUGGUCGUCUGCCUUGUGGUCUACCUCACAUACGUGAAACAUUGCCUUGAGAACAGAAAGUUGCCCAAGCCAAUACUGGAACAGCUUCAUAGAACAGACCCCCGCAAGAGACCGACGUCGGCGGAGUCGGUCAGUGAACAAUUUCGCUAUGGUAUCAUGUUUGAUGCUGGAAGCACCGGGACAAGAAUACACAUCUUCCAGUUUCAACAGGAACCCAACGGUAAUAAAACAACUGCUCCUAAAUUGGGCCCAGAGACAUUUAAAGCAAUAAAACCAGGAUUGUCUGCGUAUUCAGAUGAACCAGAAAAGUGUAAAGCAGGACUGUUGGAGCUGCUGGAGGCGGCCAAGAAGACCGUGCCUCCUGCUCAGUGGUCCAACACCCCUCUGGCCCUUCGAGCCACUGCAGGACUCAGGCUGCUGCCGGGCGAGAAAGCAACACACCUCCUCGACAAGGUGAAGGAGGUGUUUGCUGCAUCUUCAUUUCUUUAUCGGCCCGACAGCGUGUCCAUCAUGGAUGGUACAGAUGAAGGAGUCUCUGCUUGGAUCACCAUUAACUUUUUAUUAGGUGGUCUUCAUGGGUCUGAAGUUCCCACAGUGGGGAUGCUGGACCUGGGAGGUGGCUCGACCCAGAUCACUUUCUCGCCACAGGAUGAGAAAACCAUCCAGACCUCCCCGAUCGAUUAUGUGACAUCGUUUCAGAUGUUCACCACCAGCCAUACUCUCUAUUCACACAGCUACCUGGGACUUGGUUUGAUGUCUGCCAGACUGGCUGUGUUGGGAGGGGUUGAAGGACAGCUUGUAGGGGGCGGUCAGGAGCUCGUGAGUCCGUGUCUGGCUCCGGACUAUACUGGAGAGUGGGAGCAUGCAGACGUCACUUACACCUUAAAGGGACAGAAAGCAGGAGAGCCCAUCUAUGAGUCAUGCUUGAGCAAAGUGGAGAAGAUGAUCUAUAAACGAGUGCAGAGAGCAGACGAGGUGAAACACAUGGAGUUCUAUGCGUUCUCGUAUUAUUACGACCGUGCUGUGGACCUGGGACUCGUCGAUGAGGAGAAAGGAGGCUCCCUUCAAGUAAGCAACUACAUAGAAGGGGCCAAAACAGUGUGUAAAAACAUGGAGGCUAAUGCAGGAAAAAACCCUUUCCUCUGUCUGGACCUCACCUACAUCUCGGUGCUGCUGCAGGAGCUCGGCUUCCCCCUGGACAAGGAGCUGAAGCUGGCCAGGAAAAUCAAGGGCGUGGAGACGAGCUGGGCUUUAGGAGCCACGUUCUAUUACAUGGAAUCUCUUCACAAACAUUAACAAGGUCCAGCUUUCACGUUUGUGUGCAAAAGACUUCACCGAUUUUUUUUUUCUUCCUUUAUUUACUUUUUUCUGGAUAAGGGGUAAAAAACCUGAUGACUCGAGAACGAAUGGCGUGCCUGACGAGGGCAGUGCUGGUAUAGGAUCAGCUCGUUGCUUUGUGUUUAAACUGUUCAGGAAGAUAAACCAGUAAAGGAUAAUCUGAUCCCAAGAUAAGCUGAGAAGACGAAGAACUAGUGUUGAUCUAGACGCAUCUCACAUGGACCUAAUUUUGUUAUCUUCAGACAUUUCUUUAUUCCCUGCACUAAUGCAGCUGCAAAGCUUUUCUCCACAAGCCACCACGACCCUGACCAGGAUAAAGUAUAAUAAUACAGUGUCCUGAGCACUUGCUUUAUGUCCGUACACAAGCACAUAGCAGAUGAUUCAUGUUUACAAAAGCCAUCUUCAUUAUUAAAUGCAAUGAAAUUCCAUAAAAUGCAUCGUGAGAAUCAGAAUAAUGGUCUAAAAUUGCAUUCACACAGGCGAAAGGAAAAACUAAUGAGAUUUGCAUCUGAGCCAUGAUUCUGCUGACUUUCAGAAUUUCUUCUUUUUUUUUUUUUUUGCAAAUCAGUUGUGUGAAAAAGAGACGAAUUUCACACCGCAAGGGAAAAACAAAAGCUCUUGAUAAUCCUAAAAUUAAUUUGUCAUUUAUUCAGUCUGAUUUCAAGCUUUAAUUGUUCUGUUCAUCUUGGAAAAUUGCGUACCGGUUCUAAUUCCUUCCUUCUUCAAAGGAAAGCUUGAAAUGUCGAGGAAGAGGUUUAAUCAUCUUUUGUUGGAUUUAUUCAAAUGGGAUAAUAUGGAAUUCAAGCUAUAACAAUGUAUCCUGUAUAUUUUCUCUUGCUUUAAUGGGGUUUUUCUUUCCAGUGCUUGCUCCAGUCCAAUAAUACAUUUUUUUUUCUACACCACACUACAAAAAUGGACAGAAAAGACGUUUCAUGUUUUUAAAGUGUCACACGAGGUAAAAAUACAUUUUGAUCAAAUGUAACUUGGUGACUUAAUGUAGGCUCUGUACACCUAUCGUGACCUUUGUUAAAAGCUGGAGAAGGCGUCUCCGGCCUGGCCUUGUUCACGACUGAGCCUGGAUUAAAACCUUCUGGUUUUAAUUAAACUAUGUUGAACAAAUAAGCCUGUUAAACAGUUAAUCAUUCUCUGGGCUAAGGUGAGCUUCUCUGCUGCGAAACCCGAUAUGAACCGAGACAUUAACUAGACUGUGCUGCUUAAAGGAUCAUAUUUGGGAACAGACAGUAACAGUAAACAUAGUUACUGGUACAAGUGCUUCAAAUACCUAUACAGUCAGAGACAAGGGAAAAGCGUAAAGUUUGGAUGCAAGGAAGCUCAUAAAAAUGCAUAUAAUACACAAUCCUUUUCUCUCACACACACACACACACACACACACACACACACACACACAACUUGGGACUACUACAGAAAUGUGACUCAGUGAGACAGUUCUAUUUGGUUUUCUGGUAAUUUGCUCUCUGGGAAAAAGGUGUUUCUGGAUCUUGAUUGUAUUUGAACUUGAUUUUUCUACAGAAUGUGAGAUGAUAUACCUCUUGUGUUGAAUGUUACCGAUUUAAACAUGUCCGAAACUUGCCGACCGGUGAAACACGAGCCGCUUUGCAUUUGUACCAUGACGAAGCAUGCCAUAAUGUACUAUUGAGGUCUUUUAUUAUAUUUUUUUUUUAAAUAUAAAAUUUGAAAAAAAUUUAA